UUUCCAGAGCCACCACCUCUCGAUUAUUACAUAACUGACGUUUCGCCAACAUUUUUGUCCGAUGGAAUAUUUUACCAUGGAAAACCGGCUCCCUGCCAUAAAUGCGUGGCUAAACAGCUCAGACCGAUCAAAAGGACAGCGAAUGUUCGUGUAAUUGUUGCAGCCGACCCUCUAACGCCUAUAAAGGAACUGGAUUCGGAUACUUUAAACCGAUGGCUCAGGAAGGAGAAAGAAAUGUACGUGGAUUCUCCCACAAAGGAUAAUGGCGUCGUUUUCCAAACGCUUGCUGUGUUCUCGAUAUUCCCGCGAUCAAGGCAGUACGAAUUGUGGUACAUUCGUGAAAGACGAUUGAAAGAUCUUCAGAAACAGAAAGCACCCAUCGUACCAUGUGUCGAAAAAGAAGAAAGACUCGAGACAGAUGACGAGCCGUGUGGUCUAUCAAAACCACCAGAUAAGCCCGGAAAAUUGAGUGAGCUUCCGGUUGGAAAUAUAAACGACUGCGCGUUCGAAAAGUUAAAAGAGUUCGAUCACGAAGAGAAGCUUGAUAUCGAUCGUUCGAACAAAUACACGCCAGGUGUAAUUCAGCGAAUGCAGGUAUUGAUGUUAUUAUCGAUGCAUCCAAAGUCUUCUCUACUUAAAAAUCCGGAAGACACGAGUGUGAAGGACGCUCUCGAGCAUGCAAAUACUUUUGAAGUCGUACAAAAAAGGAACGAAACUUUGCCAGUAGAAUCACUUGUUGAUGUAAAUGUUUGCCAUUCUGGAAAACGUCCGCCAAUAAUGGAUAAUUGUUGUAAAUUGGAGGAUGACAUCGAAGCUGAUGACGACAGACGAUGGCAGCCUCUUCACGAAAACUUCGAAUUUCCAAAAACGAAAUCUGAAAGAGAACAUAUGCUGCGGGAAUUAACCAGGCCUUUUCUACACGAUAUGCACACGUGGUAUACAAAGAAUAAGCCAACAAAGUUGAUCAUCCCUCUUAAACAUUCUGGGAAACGACCAAUCCCCGAGUGGCGUUUCUCUCAUUUAUACAAAGUGCAAGUCGCUAUACGAGAUAUAGAGACCGGACAGGGUGAUGGAAAAAGUUUCGAUCCCUUUAGUGAACGAAGAAUUGAUAACCCGACGACGGACGGUGAUACGUUAACACACUUAUUAAAAGCAGCGCUUGGAACGGGUAUAUUAUCCAUGCCAAUUGCUUUUAAAAAUGCUGGGCUUGUCGUCGGUGUAUUUGCCACAGUUCUAGUGGCAUUUGUAUGCACACAUUGCGCAUAUAUUUUGGUAAAAUGUGCACAUGUUCUUUAUUACAAAACAAGGCGCACAGAGAUGAGUUUCGCCGAUGUAGCAGAAGUAGCAUUUGCUACGGGGCCGCAAUGGGGUAGAAAAUUUUCAAAGCCAAUCAGGUACCUCAUACAGAUUAGUUUAUUUGCAACAUACUUUGGCACCUGCAGUGUGUACACAGUUAUCGUUGCUGCGAAUUUUAAUCAAAUCAUUAAGCAUUACCAUGCGGAAUCUGAGAUCAGUCUCCGGUUGAUGGCAGCCUGUUUAUUGAUUCCAAUGAUACUCCUUAGUUGGAUUCCGAAUUUGAAAUAUCUUGCACCUGUUUCCAUGGUGGCCAAUAUAUUUAUGGGAUCAGGUUUAGGAAUAACAUUUUAUUAUUUAGUCUGGAAUAUGCCACCCAUCACGUCUGUGCCUUUAUUCGCGUCCAUCGAGGACUUCCCACGAUUCUUCAGCAUUACUAUCUUCGCAAUGGAAGCAAUAGGAGUUGUAAUGCCAUUGGAGAAUAACAUGAAAACACCCCAACAUUUUGUUGGAAUUUGUGGUGUUCUUAACAAAGGAAUGUCCGGAGUUACGCUUAUCUAUAUUUUACUCGGAUUCUUAGGAUAUGUAAAAUAUCAAGACCAAACAUUAGACAGUAUCACGCUAAAUCUACCAACAGAAGAAGUAGCGGCUCAAGUUGUAAAGAUAUUAAUAGCUCUUGCUGUUUAUUGUACAUUUGGACUACAAUUUUAUGUUUGCCUUGAUAUUGCAUGGAAUGGUAUAAAAGAUCGAUUUCAGAAAAAGCCACUGUUAGCAAAUUACAUUUUAAGAACAGUUAUGGUCACAGGAGCAGUUUUAUUGGCUGUGAUUGUACCAACUAUCGAACCUUUUAUUGGAUUGAUUGGUGCAUUUUGUUUUUCAAUAUUAGGACUCUUAAUUCCUGUAUUCGUCGAAACUGUAACUUAUUGGGAUGUUGGUUUUGGACCUGGAAAUUGGGUAGCAUUGAAAAAUGUAAUCAUAUGCAUCAUUGGUCUCAUGGCCUUAGUUUUUGGAUCUCGCAGCGCAUUAAUACAAAUCGCGGCACUUUAUAGUUAAAAAAAAUUGGUUUUCUAAUUGUAGAUAUUUCAAUAUCCCUAA